AUGAAAUACGAGUUGAAUGGGAUUCAAAUUCAGAAACUCGCCAACCCUGGUAUAACUACAACAUUGAAGGGAUAUUGCUCGUAUAAUAAGUCGGACAUUGUUUCACACCAUAACGCUGCUUGGGGUGAUGAUAUUAAAAAUGUUAAUAAUGACUUUAUCGAUAGCGGUAUGUUUAACGGGUGUAUUAACCUCAAAGAUUUGUUUGGUUUUUGCGAAGACUAUAAACGUAUUUUAAUAAACUGCAAUCAACAACUGAUAUUAAAUAGGGCGUCAUUAGAUAUAAAUGCGGUUAAGCAAUACAAAAAUAAUGAACUUGUUACAGAGGCGCUUAAACUGAAAGACGUUAAAAUAAACGUCACCAAAAUAUUGUGGAGAAUGCCUAUAGUCAAGGUUAGCGAUAAGGAAAAAAUACAGCUGUUGAAAGUAGUGAACCAACAGAAACCUCUAAAAUGUGCGUUUAGAUCAUGGGAGUUGUGUGAAUAUCCGUUUAUACCUCAAAACACUUCACAUUCAUGGAAAGUAAAAACAUCGAACAAAUUAGAAAAACCACGGUAUGCUAUAAUCGGAUUUCAGACCGAUAGGAAAAACAGUAUGAGUAAAGCAAUGUCAUAUUUUGAUCAUUGUAAAAUCAAAAACUUGAAGGUUUAUUUAAAUUCCGAAGUAUUCCCCUACGAGGACUUCCAAAGUGACUUUACAAAGAACAAGACGGCUACACUAUACCGUGCAUAUGCAGAGUUCCAGAAAUCAUACUACGCUCGUGAUAAUGUUACACCUCUAUUGAGCCGAUCGGAUUUCAAAAAACUAUCACCAAUUAUCGUUGUUGAUAUGAGCAGACAAAAUGAUAAUGUAAAAACUUCGACUGUCGACCUUAGGAUUGAAAUCGAGACCGAAGAAGCGUUUCCACCAUCGACUUCAGCAUAUUGUUUGAUAUUGCACGAUCAAAUUAUAACUUACAAUCCAUUUAAUGGUGAAGUAAGAACAUUGUAA